AUUUGGAAUAAGGGGACAUGUGGCCUAUACCGUACCUAGGUAGUUUUCAUGAAUUGAGACUACGUUUGUCGGCAAGACACUUAUGUACUCAUAAGAACGACCCCUGUAUUCAAACCAAAAACAAGCGACUAUGUAACAGUUUCUUGCUUGAAUAGAAGGGGGAAGGGGACGGGCUGCAGCGCUGCUGCCGCUGCACUGCCUGCAGCUAGCUGGCCACAUGUUGACAACAUCUCGUUUUCAGCUGACAGAACAACCUAUGUAAAGAGCCGGUUGUGGUGGUGAGCGUUUGUGCAUUGUGCAGCGUGUAGUAUUGGCAGCAUCUGGCACAUAGAAGCACUCGUGAUGGCUACUUCUGCAGCAAAGGGGCAGACUGAUCUCCUCGACCAGAUUGACUGGCCAUCGGUGGAGUGCUUGAAUGAAAGCUCGGACCACCCAGUUGCAAAUGCACUCAAGCAGGGCUACAGGGACGACGACGGCUUGAUUUUAGAGAGUGAUGCAGACGAGCAGAUACUGCUCACAGUACCAUUUCAACAGGUGGUCAAGCUUCACUCGCUGGGGCUGAAAGCCCCCUCUGACUCUGGUCCAAAGAAAGUAAAGUUAUUCACCAAUCGGACCAGCCUCGGUUUCAGUGAAGCAACGGAUGGGUUGGUUCCUCAACAAGAGAUUAUCUUUACCCCCGAACAACUAGAUGGAACACCCAUACCCUUGAAGUACGUGAAAUUCCAAGGUGUACGCAGCUUGACGAUAUUUGUAGAGAGUAAUCAAGAGGACGAAGACACAACGAAGAUCCAGAAGAUCCUCCUGCUUGGUUCCACGGUCGAGACCACCGACAUGAAGGCGCUGAAGAAAGUGGACGAGCACCAACAUUGACACGAACUUUGCACCCAGUGCUUCUGUAUUCUUGCGGUAUGUGCAUCGACAUGUACCGACAGAUUGUGACCCGGUGGUCACUUGCUUCGACCUCCUGUUUAUCCGAUUUUACUAUUUUCUGGCGAUACAUCCGUCAAACUUGUGAAGAAGAUUCCCGCCAAGUGGCAUCAAUUUGCAGACGUGAGCUCCUCCGUUACAAUGUUUCAGCUACCCCAAUGGACUCGAG